UGUAAAAGACAUCUUCUCUUGGAGCAGUACUCUGUUGAACAUUAAGCUCUCGGAUCUAGACACACACACACACGCACACAAAAGUCACAGUUCCACCAGAGUCGUCAUCUUAAUCUUUGUUGGGACGUCAGAAGUGGUGCCCUAAAGUGCAGAAUGGCAGCACAGGGAGCUCCAGGUAUGGCCAACAAAGGUCCAUCUUAUGGCAUGAGCCGGCAGGUGCAGGAUAAGAUUGAGCAGAAGUAUGACACGGACCUGGAGCUGCGUCUGGUGGAGUGGAUCAUGACUCAGUGCGGCUCUGGAGUGGGACAGCCAGACGCAGGAAAACUGGGCUUCCAGGCCUGGCUCAAAGACGGAUGUGUUUUGUGUGAGCUCAUCAACAGUCUCUGUAAAGACAAGCCUGUGAAGAAGAUCCAGAGCUCCAGUAUGGCCUUCAAACAGAUGGAGCAGGUGUCUCAGUUCCUCAACGCUGCUGAACAGUAUGGCGUCACUAAAACUGACAUGUUUCAGACAGUCGAUCUGUGGGAGGGAAAGGAUUUGGCUGCGGUGCAGAGGACACUGAUGGCUCUGGGCAGCAUCGCAGUUACAAAAGAUGACGGCUACUUUCGUGGAGAUCCCAACUGGUUCUUUAAGAAAGCUCAGGAGAACCGGAGGGAUUUUUCUGACGGCCAGCUGAAAGAAGGGAAAAAUGUCAUUGGUCUGCAGAUGGGAUCCAACAAAGGAGCGUCGCAGUCGGGCAUGACGGGCUACGGCAGACCCCGACAGAUCAUGAACCCAUGAGCCGACCAAUCGCCACUGUCCCCCGGUUAUCCGGCCGUCACCACACCCUAAUAUUCCUUUCAAAAUAUCAGCAUUAAAAACAGCACAAUAAAAUAAACAAACAAUUUGGUACUAAAA